AUGGCACCCAGUGGUCUAAAGGCUGUCGUAGGAGAUAAAAUACUAAAUGAUGUAAUAAAGAGUGUGAGAAAAGAUGGGGAAUGGAAGGCUCUCAUUGUGGAUAACACCAGCAUGAAAAUAAUUUCAUCGUGUUGCAAAAUGUCUGACAUAAUGGCAGAAGGCAUUACAAUUGUGGAAGAUAUUAACAAGAAACGACAGUCAAUUCCUAGCCUGGAAGCCAUUUACCUAAUUUCUCCCACAGAGCGCUCUGUCCGUGGUUUAAUUAAUGAUUUCCAAGAGUCGUCAUCCUACAUGUACAAAGCUGCUCACGUAUUCUUCACAGACAUCUGCCCUGAAGAACUUUUCAUUAAAGUGGGACAGGCACGAGUGUCCAAAUUUAUUAAGACGAUAAAAGAGAUCUGUAUGGCUUUCCUACCUUAUGAGUCUCAGGUGUACAUCAUUGACAACCCAGAUGCCUUCAACCUUUUCUACAGCCCUCAACGAGCAUCAGAAAAGAAAGAAAUGAUGGAAGACCUAGCAGGGCAGAUUGCAACUCUUUGUGCCACUUUGCUUGAGUACCCUGCUGUGCGCUAUCACAACGGAUAUAAGGACAACUCAACAUUAGCCACCAUGGUGUUGGACAGACUGAAUGCUCAAAAGGCAGAUAACCCCAGCAUGGGCGAGGGCCCAGAUAAGUCCCGCUCACAACUGCUCAUACUUGACAGAGGUUAUGACCCGAUUUCUCCAGUUUUGCAUGAACUUACAUUCCAGGCUAUGGCCUAUGACCUUUUGGAUAUUGAGCGAAACAUUUACACGUAUGAAACCAGUGGGUUUUCAGAAUCCAGAGAAAAGCAAGUCCUCCUGGAUGAGAAUGAUGAGCUGUGGGCACAGCAGAGGCACAGUCACAUUGCAGAUGUUUUGAAGAAAGUAACCGAGCUAUCCAAAAAGUUCUGUGAAGGCAGAAGAAUGAACACUGAACAAGCUAACUUAAAAGACAUGGGUCAGAUCAUGAAGAAGAUGCCACAGUACCAGAAGGAGUUAGGCAUGUACUCCACUCACCUUCAUUUAGCAGAGGCCUGCAUGAAGCGUUUUAAAUCCUACUUGGACCCACUUUGCAAAGUUGAACAGGAUUUAGCAAUGGGCACCGACGUGAAUAGAGAAAAAAUCAAGGACCCCAUGAGAAACAUUGUCCCUGUGCUUCUAAACCCAGAAUUUGAAAGUUCUGACAAAAUCCGCAUCAUUCUUCUCUAUAUUUUCUACAAAAAUGGCAUCAAUGAAGAAAAUCUGAACAAACUUCUCCAGCAUGCAAACAUCCAGGGGAACAGUGGACUUAUCAAAAAUAUUCAGUUCCUGGGGCUGCCUAUUGUAAUUCCUCCAAACCAAAAUCCAAAGAUCAGGCCUGAGAGGAAAGAAAGAGUCGUGCCCACUUAUCAGCUGUCCAGAUGGAUACCACUUAUCAAGGAUGUGAUGGAAGACAUUAUUGUAGAGAAGCUGGACAAGAAACAGUGGCCAUUUGUGUCUUCCCCCAGUGUGUCUACAGCAAUAGCAACAGCUGUGAGCAGUGCCCGGUAUGGCCACAUUCAGAAGAGCAAGGCAGCACUGCAGUACCGGACUGGGCCGAGGCUAAUCAUCUUCAUCAUCGGAGGAGUGACGCUUUCUGAGAUACGGGCCGCUUAUGAAGUCACCAAAGCAUGUGGUUACAAGUGGGAGGUUUUGAUUGGUUCCACUCACAUCUUUACUCCUAAGAAGUUUCUGAAUGAACUUUCACUUUUGGACCAGCCUCUGGAGGGGACCAGCUAA